UGGGGGCAUUAGCAAGAUAUACCCGUAUUCUCUCUUUUUGUGUGCGCAUUUGUGCCGAGCAUUUGAAGUAGUUUUUGUUUUUUCGCAGCUCACUAUCCAUUCUAAACUUGUGCCUCGACAAAAUCCUGAAUGAAUGGCUGAAUCAACCUCAAAACGCUUGAAACCAACUGACCCAGAAGAAGCAACAGUGGUCGAAGACAGGAUAAGCAAUCUGCCAGACUCUCUCCUCUGCCAUAUCCUCUCUUUUCUCACAACCAAAGAGGCUGUUGUAACAAGCAUUUUGUCGAGCAGGUGGACGACACUCUGGACUCUUGUGCCAAAGCUCGACUUUGACAGCCACGAAUUUGGAGAGAUUUUUUCUUCAGAUGAGGAGGAGCAAAGUCCUAAUCAUCAAGAUCGGUGGAAUAAUAAUAGGUACCAUUUUACGUUUGCGCGUAUCGUGUCCAGGGUCUGGGCUCUUCGCGAUCGCAGUCGCAACAAUGCGAAUCCCAUCAAACACUUUCGCCUCUACUGGCAUUCUGAUUCUGACCCAAUCCAUGUCGACACAUGGGUUCGCACCGCGAUUACGCCUGACUUGGAAGAGCUCGAUCUCUCCAUUUCUCAUCCAAAACCUUUCAACUUCCCCUCUACCUUGUUUAAUUACGCUAAAUCAUUACUAGUUUUGAAAUUAAAAGGCAAAAUUGUUCUUAAUCCUCCUUCUUCUUCUUCCGGCUUCCCGAGCCUCAAAACUGUUCAUCUUGUCGAUGUCCGAUUUGCAAACGGCAACACUGUCUCUAAACUCCUCAGUUGCUGCCCGGUCCUCCAAAAUUUGUAUUUGCAAAUAUAUAUCAGGGACCGUGAUAACUAUUUUAAAAUCAUUGCACCUACACUCAAAACAUUACAUUUAAUUUUUCUUCGUUAUUGGGAGUACAAACUUGAGAUAAAUGCCCCAGCUCUCGAGUACCUUUAUUGCAGAGGUUGUAGUAUUGAAGACAUUUUGUUAGGAAAUCUGUCUAACUUAUUUGAAGCCAACGUUACCGUAGAUCAUGAUCCAAAUAAAGAUUAUGGAAAAAAGAUUAGGGACUUCAUCGGAGCACUCUCUAAUGUCAAAUCCCUUCAUUUGGUCUCAAAUUUAACACAGUGCCUCUGUUACGCCACUAAAACUGAUCUUCCCAUGUUUCAUAAUUUGGCUUGCUUAAGCAUUCAUAUUGGUUAUAUUUUGUGGGAUGUGCUCCCGAAUUUGCUUCAUCGGGCUCCUAAUCUUGCAGUACUAGUCUUUAAUGAAAAGGUAGAAUGGUACAAUGUUGAUGAGGAAUAUACUUCCAUCAUUGAAAGGAUGUUCUAUGAGGACGUUCCUAUAUGUAUAUCAUCGCACCUCCAGACAUUUCAUUUUAAAGGAUUUAAAGGGUUUAGGUAUGAGCUGGAAUUUGUUCGACAUAUCCUUAAGACUGCAAGAUUCUUAAAGACGAUGACAGUCUCUUCUGCUCGUAUGAAUUCAGAGGUGAAGGUUCGUGUUCUCAAGGAGUUAUUGAUGUUCCCAAGGGAAUCCAGGACUUGUCAAAUUGCAUUUAACUGAAGUAUAUUUUGUUAUGAUUUCUCUCUCAGUUACUAAAGCACUGUAUGUGGUUCUUUUGAAUCAAGUCAGGUAAAAGUAGGAAGGAUAAAUCCAACAAGUCUGAUUUAUUGUGCUUUUAAGUAGUGGUGUUGCCUUGCCUUGUUGUUUUAAUUCAUUCCCAACUCUUGGGAAAAUGUUGUUAGCCUUUCUAUUUUAGUAGGAACAAUAUGACAGAAGUGAUGAUGCUAAUAUCAAAAUA